GACUGGCCAACAACGACAUCAACGAUAGGCUUCCUCAUAGAAAUCACGUGAUUCAUCAAGAGAUGGAUCCGCCAAUAACGACACGAAAUCUAGUCAUGUGAUCGAAGAUUGCUUAUGUUUACUACUACACAGGAAGGAAAAGAGAAUCCAGCCUAAAGAGGACAACUAAUUCGUGAUCAUUCGUGUCAGUUGUUCCGAGUAGGACACACUGGUUUUAAUUUACUGCUCCAUUGAGGUGUCCGAUAUUUAGCAGAGUUCUUGAUUUUUUUCAAACACUAUGAAGAUUGUUUUGAUAUUGCUCGUGGCCAUCGUUGCCGUUAGCCAAGCUGUUUCGUUCUUUGACCUCGUCCUUGAAGAAUGGGGUACUUUCAAGAUAACUCACAAAAAACAAUAUGACAACGCCGUAGAGGAAAAAUUCAGAAUGAAAAUUUUUAUGGAGAAUAAACACAAGGUGGCAAAACACAAUGCUAAAUACGAAAUGGGCCUUGUGUCGUACAAACUAAAGCUUAACAAAUACGGAGACAUGCUCCAUCAUGAAUUUGUAAGUACAUUGAAUGGAUUCAAUAAAACCGGCAAUCUAUUGAAAAAAACUCUGUCAAGACCGGUUGGUGCAACAUUUAUCGAACCUGCAAAUGUUGAAAUCCCAAAUACUGUUGAUUGGAGGAAAAAUGGAGCUGUAACGGGUGUAAAAGAUCAAGGUCACUGCGGUUCUUGUUGGGCUUUCUCAACUACCGGAUCCUUGGAAGGCCAACAUUUCAGAAAAUCUGGAGUAUUAGUAUCCUUGAGUGAACAGAAUUUGGUCGAUUGUUCUACUAAAUAUGGCAACAAUGGCUGCAAUGGUGGACUAAUGGACCAAGGUUUCCAGUAUAUCAAAGAUAACAAAGGAAUCGACACGGAAAAGAGCUAUCCCUAUAAAGCCGAAGACGAUGUGUGCCAGUAUAAUCCCCGCAACAGUGGAGCCACCGACGUUGGAUUUGUUGAUGUCCCCCAAGCAGAUGAAAAGAAAUUACGCGCAGCUCUAGCUACUAUUGGCCCAAUCUCUGUUGCCAUCGAUGCCUCUCACGAAAGUUUCCAGUUCUACUCAGAAGGUGUUUAUUACGAACCUGAGUGCUCCCAAGAUGACCUCGACCAUGGAGUCUUAGCUGUUGGAUAUGGAACUGACGAGAAAGGUCAAGAUUAUUGGCUGGUUAAGAACAGUUGGGGUGAGACUUGGGGAGACAAGGGAUACAUUAAGAUGGCCAGAAACAGGGACAACCAUUGUGGAAUUGCCUCAUCUGCUAGCUACCCUCUUGUUUAAUUCUAUUCAAAUGGACCCAUGAGAUAAUUUUUAGUCAUGUAUGUGCGGUGUUUGUCAUGAACGUGAUAUUUUCAAACUGAAGAAAAUAAGUUUGACAUAAAGGCGUAAAAAAGUAACUCUGCUAGGUAAAGGCACCAAUUUCUUUUUCUAUAGGACGUUGCCAUCUGUUCUAUUUAUGUUCGAUAUGCAUUGAGAGUUAUCUUUUUGCGCAAUAUAUUCUAUGACAAAAUAUUCGUGCGAGUGAGUCUAGUUGUAAGCCCUUUGUAUUUAAGUAUUUUUAUGUUUAUUAAGCAAUACAUUUCAUAUUUUCUAUACCGUUAACUAUAAAAUAAUUUGUAUUAUAUAAGUGCUAAGUGAUAACCAUAAAUAAAAAAUGAAAAACUUCAAUUAAAAAAUAUGUAUCAAAUAUUAGUAGUAGUAAUAAAUAUUUCAGUCCAUUGAUUUUGCCUUGAUUCGGCUUCAAGAAUUUAUGACAUGAAUUUAAUAUUUUAUAAAUCACUUGUUAAUGAAGAUGAAGUUUUAUGAAAUACAUUUUUUCUGGUUUAAA